GAGUCACGCAGCUGCGCACCUCCUCCCAGGCUCCGUUGUUUCAUUUGCGCCAUUUUGUCCGCUCACUUUGUUGAUUGGGCUUUAGCGAGCUGUACUAGAGCCAAUCAGAGGGAAACCGGACAGCGAAGACACGAGAGGACCUAGACAAUAACAAGCCAUGGAGCAGUACACCACUGCCACCACUACUACCGGGGAGCAGAUAGUUGUGCAGACCACCAAUGGACAGAUCCAACAGCAGACACAGGGCACAGUGACGGCUGUGCAGCUGCAAACAGAGGCGCCAGUGGUGACGGCCUCAGGCCAGCAGGUGCAGACACUCCAGGUAGUCCAGGGACAGCCUCUAAUGGUCCAGGUGAGUGGUGGGCAGCUCAUCACAUCAUCAGGACAACCCAUCAUGGUGCAGGCCAUGUCGGGGGGUCAGGGUCAAACCAUCAUGCAGGUCCCUGUAUCUGGAGCCCAGGGACUACAGCAGAUCCAGCUGGUGCAGCCAGGUCAGAUCCAGCUGCAGGGUGGACAGACUCUCCAGCUCCAGGGCCAGCAGGGUCAGCCCCAGCAGAUCAUCAUCCAGCAGCCCCAGACAGCCAUCACGGCUGGACAGAACCAGGGGCAGCAGAUCAGCGUGCAGGGCCAACAGGUGGCACAGACGGCUGACGGACAGACCAUUGUCUACCAGCCUGUUAAUGCAGAUGGUACCGUCCUGCAGCAGGGAAUGAUCACAAUUCCAGCUGCCAGCUUGGCAGGUGCCCAGAUUGUACAGGCAGGGGGUGCUAACACCAACACUACUAACAGCGGCCAAGGCACUGUGACCGUCACCCUGCCCGUCUCUGGUAACAUGGUCAAUGCAGGUGGAAUGGUCAUGGUAAGACCCUGUGCAGAGAUGGUGCCUGGAGGUGGUGGAGUUUCCACAAUGCAGCGUAUUCCCUUGCCAGGGGCUGAGAUGCUUGAGGAGGAACCUCUGUAUGUCAAUGCAAAACAGUACCAUCGCAUCCUAAAGCGAAGACAGGCCAGAGCCAAGCUGGAGGCUGAGGGAAAGAUCCCCAAAGAGCGGAGGAAAUACCUACAUGAGUCUCGCCACCGUCAUGCUAUGCAGCGUAAGAGAGGAGAUGGAGGAAGAUUCUUUUCACCUAAGGACAAAGAGGAAAUGGCUCUUGCCCUGGCACAGCAACAGCAGGAUGCAGCCCAGGCAGCAGCAGAUGAGUCGGUGGCUCAGAUGAUCCGAGUCUCGUAGCACUGUCGCCAAACAUCAUCACUUCUGCCUGUGAACUCUACCCUGCCUGAGAUUCUUCAUCCCAGCUAACCAAUCUGCCGCAUGUUCUCCUCUCCCUUUUACACCCUCCUUGCCCCACCGUCAUAAACCAGACCGCAGCACUGCCACUGGGUUUUUUCUGUUAUCUCCCCACUCCUACACUGGUCUUCCAGGGAGCUGGCCAUGUGGCCCGCUGAGCCUGUGGACUGCUCAGGUCUUCUUUCUGUCAAAUAGAGGAUGCUUCCAUGGUCAGCUUAACUGGUCGAGCACUUAGGACCAGCUUUUUAUUUUUUCAUAUGGAUUUGUUUGGACAAUAAUGAAACAUGAAGUCAUGGGUAAACGGGGCUAGUAACACAGAGGAAAUGACAGCUGUGAAGCCAUACUCUGUCAGACCCUGGUCUGUUUAAAAAAAAAAAAAGAAAAGAAAAAAGAGAUUUUGUUAUUAGUGGAUUCUUGUUGCUUUAAAUAUUUUUUGUAAAUGGUACAGAUUUUUUUUCAGAGACAUUCAUUUAAGCGUGAUGCUACACUUGUGUCCUAUGUCUUUUAUGUGAUUUGACUUUUUUUUUUUCAACCCAUGUACUGUGGGGGAUGGACUCAAGUCCAACCUGUGUCCACUGAGCAAAAACUGAAAUGUGAUACAAAUGUGAAGAUAUUGUACAGAAAUUCUUUUCUUCCCCAGUGUGUAUCAAGUGUAUUUACUAAUUUGCCCAUUUCUGUGGAUGCAUUUUAUACAAUUUCGUGGUUAGAGAUAGUGUUUGUAAGAAUAAAUGACUCGGUGUUGCAUUGUAUUUCAUAUACUCUCCAUGUAGUAACUUCUUCACUGGUGUUAAGUUUAUUUCAUUGUAGAUAAUUGUUUUUUUACCCAUCAGAUGCAGUUCUGCAAUGUUAUUUUUUUUUUUUUAUAUAAUGAAAAAAGGUUGGACUUUGAAUUGAUGAAACCUAUGUCCAUUAAAUUUUAUUAAGUGA